AUGGCGCCGCUGACCAUCGCCAAGGCGCUGCUCGUCAUCGGCGUCGGCGUCGGCGUGCGGCUGCCGGCGGCCUACGCGGCGACGGGCGACUCGGGCCUCACGUUCGUCGAGCGCGCGUUCGUCGCGCUUUCCUGGGCGCCCAACGGGGCAGGACAAGAGAGCGAAAUUCCCAACUUCAAAGGCUCAUAUCUCGGCCGUUUUCCACUCGUGCCCAAGGCGACGGUGCAGGCGGCGCUCGCGUCCGUGCCCGCGCAGAUCAUCGACAGCGACUCCCGCGGCGACGCGAUCCUGACGACGGCCGUGCUGAGCAUCCUGCUCACGGCGCCCGUCGGCUCCGUCUUCAUCCAGAAGCUGGGCCCGAAGUGGCUGAGCGCCGACGGCCCGGGCGGCCGGUCCAGCUCGAAGGAGUCCGCCGCGGCCGCGGACGCGGGCAAGGACGACGCGCUGCUCGGCGACGGCGUGGAGCUCGUCGACUCGAGCGACGCCGCGCCGCGCGACGACGACCACGGCGGCGACGGCAUGGAGCCCAUGCUGCGCAUCGACGCGGCGCUCGAGCGGAUCCGCGCGGAGCUCUCGUUCCUCGCGCGCCGCGUCGACGACGACGACGGCGCGACCGCGGCCCUGCUGCGGGCCAAGGACGGCCUCGAGUCCAUCGAGGCCGCGAACCGCGUCGCCGGCGAGCUCCUCACCUACAAGAUGCCGACGACGGUGCGCAUCGACACCGCGGGCAACUUCUUCAAGCUCCAGCGGAGCGAGAACGAGCAGGCGCAGGAGGAGGACGACAAGUCGGCGGGCAGCCGCACGAUGGGCCGGCGCCGGUCGAGCUUCAAGAUGACGGCCGUCGGGGGCCUCGUCCAGCGCCGGCCGUCGGCCGCGUCGGGCGCGCGGUCGCGCGCGGACUCGGGCGGCUCCGACGGCGGCGACGCCCAGGGCAGGACAAGGGUGAUUCAACGCGACGCCGGGCCCGGCAUCGCGAACUCGAACUUCGGGCGGUCCCUGUCCCUCGACGACGGCCUCCGCGCCCACUCCGGCACGACGCUCGAGGACCUCGCCGGCGCCGGGGACGCCGGGGGCGCCGGGGACGCCGGGGACGCCGGGGGCGACGUCGAAGCCGGGGACGCCGGGGACGCCGGGGGCGACGUCGAAGCCGGGGACGCCGGGGACGCCGGCUCCUAG